AUGGGUGUCACAACUUUUACUCAAGAGUUUGUAACUCCGGUCUCUCCUGCUCGGAUGUUCAAGGCGCUGGUCGUGGAUUCCCAUAUCCUUGUCCCCAGGUUGGUGCCUGAAUCAGUAAAGAGCAUCGAGUUUGUUGAAGGUGAUGGUGGGGCUGGAAGCAUUACACAGACGAACUUCUCUGGUGAUAGUGAUUGCGAGUAUUUGAAGUAUAAGAUCAAUGCAGUGGACAAAGAGAAGCUAGAGUGCAGAUACACUUUGAUUGAAGGUGGUGUGCUUGGUGAUCAGCUUGAAUCGAUUGUUUAUGAGAUGAAAUUCGAGGAGUCUGGUGAUGGAGGAUGCAUUUGCAAGACGAGGAGUGAGUAUCACACUAAGGGGGAGUUUGAGAUUAAGGAGGAGAGUAUCAGAGAAGGGAAGGAAAAAGCCAUGGGAGUGUAUAAGCUGGUUGAGGCCUACCUUCUUGCUAACCCUGACGAGGAGUUGUGA